CGGAUCUCACUCGGGUAGAGUCGGACCAUUUUCACCAAGGGAAGUGGAGAAAACGGUAGUCCAUCACACGGUUUCUCAUUAGUAGUUACUAACUAUCUCCUCUAUCCGUGAAUUUCUCCACCUAUCAACCAUCAUUGAUGGAGGAUAUUACUGCGUACUACGGCGCACCACCUCCACCACCACAAUCCGAUAUUCCUUCCUUCUAUAAUACUCACUAUCAUCACCCUCCUCCGCCGCCUCAUUCACCGCACUUGCAGUCUCCCGACGAAGUUCGCACGCUUUUUGUCGCCGGACUUCCCGAAGAUGUCAAACCUCGCGAAGUUUACAACCUCUUUCGCGAUUUUCCUGGCUACCUUUCCUCCAAUCUUCGCUCUCCUUCUAAAAGUUCUCAGCCAUUUGCUUUCGCAGAGUUUUUAGAUCAGCACUCAGCGAUCACGGCAAUGCACGCGUUAAAUGGCAUGAUUUUUGAUCUAGAAAAAGGAUCGACCUUAUACAUUGACCUCGCUAAAUCUAAUUCACGAUCUAAGCGUCAGAGGGCAGAUGACUCAGGACCUGUUUCAGAUAAGAAGCAUAAGGGAUCUCCUGCUUUUGCAAGAGGCAGUGUCGAGUUGGCAGGUAUUGGCAGCUUUCACAUUCCUGGAAUGGGUAAUUCUGCUUACAACACGAUUGGUUAUCCUUCUGCACAAAGUCAUUGGAGCUAUACCAGCAGAGGCACCAGUGAAGCAAAUGCGCCCAAAUCUAGCCACAGUUCAGCUUCUCAUGUACCGCAAGAUAACCCUCCAUGUCCAACAAUUUUUGUGGCCAACUUAAGCCCCAAGUGUUCAGAGCAAGAGCUGAUUCAAGUUUUUUCAAGAUAUCGAGGAUUCUUAAAGCUAAAGAUCCAGAGCACAUAUGGAGCUCCUGUUGCCUUUGUCGACUUUCAGGAUACUGCCUGUUCAACUGAGGCUUUGGGUCAACUGCAAGGCACAGUUCUUUUCUCGGAUCCAGCUGGCGACGGCAUGCGUUUGGAAUAUGCAAAAUCAAGGAUGGGAAAGCGAAGAAAGACGAAGUAGGUUGAAUUUUAAAUAAACCAUCUAGAGUGGAGAUUCUGAAGAAAAUGCUUGUAUCAUAUAACUAAUGCUUUUAAGGAUAGGACGUGUAUUUAAUCUUGAAACUUUGGUAGUCCAUGAGCAUUAUUUUGCUGAUUCUCCUCGUGGUUUUAAUUUAACCACCCUAGUUUUGCGUGCA